CAGGAUGAGAGCUUUCUCUGGUUCGUAGUUGUUGAUCGAGGACCGGGGAAAGAGAAGCGAGGAGGAAGAAGAAGCGAAAACGCCAUGCCGAAGAGAACAACGCAUACAUACUCGAGCGAGGACGCCGCACCAGAUGGACCAGAUUCUGAUCUCUUCGUUUACUACUGCAAGCAUUGUGGAUCGCACGUCCUAAUCACUGAUACUCAAUUGCAGAAAAUGCCAAAAAGGAAGACAGACAAGGCUUUUGUGUUGGACAAGAAGAAACAUCUUGCAAGGUUAAAUGUCAAUGAGGCGGGAAAAGUUCUAUUGAAAAGGGGUGAAGGGAAACUUGAAAGGCAAUACCGCAUGAACUGUCUAGGCUGUGGACUCUUGGUGUGUUAUCGCUCAGAGGAAGAUUUGGAAUUUGCUUCUUUCAUUUAUGUUGUUGAUGGUGCACUCAGUACUGUGGCUGCCGAAACCAAUCCACAGGAUGCUCCUGUGCCACCCUGUAUAUCUCAACUUGAAGGAGGACUUGUCCAAGUGGCCAUAGAAGUUGAAGAUCGAGCACAGCGCUCAGCAAUCACAAGAGUAAAUGCUGAUGAUGUACGUGUUGCUGUUGCUGCGCCUGCAGCCCGGGGAGAAGCCAACAAUGAGCUUUUGGAGUUCAUGGGAAAAGUCUUAGGACUGAGGCUUAGCCAAAUGACUCUCCAACGGGGAUGGAAUAACAAAUCGAAGCUUCUUGUGGUUGAGGAUUUGUCUGCCAGACAGGUGUAUGAAAAGCUUCUCGCGUCUGUGCAACCUUGACAACACUGUUCAAGACAUGCAGUUUUUAACUGCGACAUCUUUUAUGCUUUGUUCGUGAUAACUGAUAACGAUCUUAGUUCUGUAUUUUUUGUAUUAUCUUUUAAACCACGAAUUUGUGAUGGGUGUUUCUAAACCCGAAUUUUUACCAAUUGCUAGUGGAGAUUCAAACCUAUGACACUCUUAAUUAAA